AUGCCGUCCAACCGGUGUGCUCAUCAAAUGAGCGCAAAGAAGAAGGCUGAAAGAGUGGAUAGUAUGAUAACAUUCCUAAAAUCUGCAGUUCAAUCACAGAAAGAGAAAAGCGUUCAACCAGAUCAAGCACCUGGAAAUGCAAUGAUGACAGCAAAACUUCUGGAAUUGUGGUCUGUUCCUCAAUCAACAAUCACUGAAAUGCGUCUUCUUUUGACACUUGGAGCUGAUCCAGCGCCUUUAUUAAAAGAUGAUAUUGGAGAGAAAAUUUUGGCGGAUCGUAUGGAUAAUGGAAGUGUUUGUGAAGAGUGUGCUUCAAAAUUCAAGGCGUUUCUUGAGUUUUCCGGUACAAUUUUUGAGGAAAUGUUUGAAAGAACUCCAAUUCAAAUCAAUAAAUCCAAGAAAGUGGACGGAGUUAUGGCGCUGUGCUUAGAUGGUGGAGGAAUGAGAGGAUUGGUUUCAGUUGUGUGCCUGUUAUACGCUUCUCGACGUCUUCUAGGAGAUGAAUCCCUUCCAAAUCUAUUCGAUUGGUUCAUUGGAACAUCAACUGGAAGUAUGCUAGCACUCUCCAUGGUAAACAAGAAGUCAAUCAGUGAAUGUUUCUUCCAAUAUUGGGACAUGAAAAGUCAAAUCUUUCUCCGAGGAAGCACUGUAAAACGUCUUCUUGGUGAUCAGGUAGCUGUUCAAACAAAGAACAUCGACAAAGUUUUGGAAGAAUGCUUCCCGACAGAAACACUUCAAGCCUGCUCGACUCGAUUGACAAUCCCUGCAUUGGAUAUCAGUACUGCACCAGCUAGACUUCAUAUCUUCAGAAACUACUCAUUCACCAAGCCAUUCGGUGUCUCUUUGAACGAAGAUCAGGACAUUUUGUUCAGAGAAGCUGCAAGAGCAAGCAGUGCUGCACCGACAUACUUUGAACCUUUUGUUUAUGGAACCAAAGUUUUGGUUGAUGGAAGUUUUGUAGCCAAUUAUCCACUCAAUGUUUUGUUCAAGGAAUACGAUAGCUUCUCCAGACAUCAAAACCCUCUCCAUCUCGCAGGAGUUCUUUCAAUUGGAACCGGAGAACCAGCUCUUGCCGAGAGAAAAUACAAAAGUGGAAAAAGUAUCAAAGCAAAAGCAAUGAACAUCGGACACUUGUCAACAUUGAUUCUGGAACAAGUAGUGGGUCAAGAUCUGACAGCUGUUGAGAUGGCACAAGAGAGAUGCCACGCACACAAUAUUCCGUUCAAUCGAUUGAGUCCAAAAGGAAUCGCAGUGCGAAUCGAUCAAAUUGAUGAUGCCAAAUUAAUGGAAAUGAUUUGGACCACUCUUAUGUAUUUAACUGAAAAUGUUCAUGAAAUCGAUCAACUGGGUGAAAUGAUCUACAAACUGAAAUCGGAUCCAACCGAACGAAAACGUCGAAGUAAUACGGUUCUCUGA